AACAAACCUAACAUCGACAGUUCCAGUACCACCAUUGUAUAAGCGCACAGGGACAGAAUUUCAUAAGGCUGUAUUUUAGAUUUUAUUCUAGGAAUAUGUCUUCCCCGUCACCAGGGAAAAGACGAAUAGACACAGAUGUUAUAAAACUCAUCGAAGGCAAGCAUGAAGUGACUAUACUUGGAGGUUUAAAUGAAUUUAUUGUUAAGUUUUUUGGACCAAGUGGAAGUCUUUAUGAAGGAGGAGUGUGGAAAGUUAGAGUUGAUUUACCUGAAAAAUAUCCAUUUAAGUCACCGUCAAUUGGGUUUAUGAAUAAGAUUUUCCAUCCAAACAUAGACGAAGCUUCUGGUACUGUAUGUUUGGAUGUUAUCAACCAGGCAUGGACAGCAUUAUAUGAUUUAUCCAAUAUUUUUGAGUCAUUCUUACCUCAGUUGUUGUCUUAUCCCAAUCCUGUUGAUCCAUUAAAUGGUGAUGCAGCAGCUUUAUAUUUGCACAAACCUGAACAAUAUAAAGCUAAAAUAAAAGAAUAUAUUAGAAAAUAUGCAACUGAAGAUGCUCUUAAGGAACAAGAAGAACUAUCGUCAUCUAGUGACAGUUCAAUUAGCGACUUUUCUGAAGAUGAAGCGCAGGACAUGGAGCUAUGACAGCAACCAAGUGUUUUAUAUUCCAAAUAUUAAUAGAUGAACUCCUAUGGAAGUCAUUCAUAUGUACAUAUUACAGUUAUAUUUAGAUUUAAUAUUUUCAACGUGUUUAUCUGUAUUUAUUUGCUCUGUCUGCUACUAUAAGGUGAGAAUGUACAGUAGUUUACAGAUCAUCACAUGGUGUGAACCAGGUUGAAAGGCAGAAAGGUUUUCAGUUCAAUAGUUUCAACAAGUCCWGAGGGUUAGGCUUCUCCUUGGUAUAAGUAUGGUUUAUGGGCUUCCUGUCUACUGCAGGGGUCUGGGGAGGAGCCUAGAGAUGUAUAUGUAAAAGUGGGAGAGCCUACGUAGCAAUCAGUUGAUGUAAUAUAUUCAUAAAGAUAUAAUACAAAACACAACGAGAAACAAUGGAAUACAAUACAUUUUAUGAAUACAUUACAUCAACUGCAUGCUACGUAGGUCACCCCAUGUAAAAGUCUCCAUUUGACACAGUUCCUUUUGCCAUCUUAAUCUGUUACUUUCUUGUAGMCUUGUGACAGACAGGUGUCAAUCAGUGCAAGGUUACUUCAAUGCUAAGACACACAACACUUUUGAGAUGACGCAAGGAACUGUGAAGAGAAAGAAAUCAUGAUUUUCUGUCAUUUAAAAUGUGGAUUGUCAUCAUCAGAAACCUUUAAGGGACUUGAAACGUGUAACGCCGUGCCAACCGUUGGAAUAUUCAAAUCUAAUUUGUAUCUCAUUUCCUUAUUUGACCUUAUUUGGAACAAUUAAAUUUACCCUAUAGUCCCUAUAGCCAACCAGAACAGGCCUCCAGCUCUUAUCCAACAGCCGAAUUUUCCAAAUAUGGUCAUAAGGUUCUUUUUCGAAUUUUUAAUGAGCUUUGAAUAUUCUGACGCUUGGUACUAAAGAAAUGUAUGUGCGUUGCACGUUUUCAGUCCUUUAUAGGUCUCUGCCAUCAUGUAAUGGUGAAAAGCAUCUUAAAAUUAUUUUGGUUUGUAUGGCACUAAUUGGAAAUUAAUUUUUAAUCAAAGCGGCAAGAGGAUUUUGGUCUAAUCAUUAGGCAUCAUGCGGAAAUAAUCAAAUGAUAUAGAUGUAGUUUGCGUGUAGAUGGAAAUUAUUUCAGAGAACAUGAGAGAGUGACAUAUGUUUGUUUACCACUGGAGAUCAACUACCACUUAAAAUAGUUUUGUUUGAAUUGAGUUUUUUCCUGAGCUGCCAACUCCAGUAUUUCCUACAUGUACCUCCCAUUCAAAAUUCCUACUGUGUGUAACUGUUGAAUUUGGAGGCAAUUAAACCUGGAUUUGAAAGGAUGCAACUGCAUUUGUGUGGUGACCUAUAGAAAUAUGAGACAACUAUCAAGGCAAAAAAUUGUUGAGAAUUUUGAUUUAUUUUUUUCAGUUUUUGUUGUUGUUGUUGUUUCUGUUAUUGUUAUAUUUUUUUUGUUCACGAUGUCACAUGUGUACAACACAUUUCAUUUAUCCUUGGCUAUGAGAUUGUGAUUAUGUAACUGGGUUGGUGGCUGUUAUUGUUGCAUUAAAAUCAAAGGGCUUUCAAAAUAAGACUAUCCUGUUGUUUAGAUAAGGUUUUGCAUUUUGAAGUGGUAGUUGACAUUAACUUUUGGUUAAACAAUAUUCUCAAGUUAUGCUAUAGUCAAUAUGCACAAUCAUUAAACUAUGACCUGAUGUCACUAAUAAAUUGGUCAACAAAUGGUUAUUGUACUGGCGCAAUGUAUUAUAGCUUAUUGCACUCAUUUAGGAUAUUCCUAUUCCAAUUGGCAGAUUUCUUAAGAGUGGACUUAGUUUACAUACAAAAGAUUGGAGCUUGCAUCUCUUUAGUCUCUUUCUUGCAGCAUUUCAUUGGGCUCCCUGUCUCUCUCCCAAGAGAGACAAAGCAGCCAUAACCAGGAAAKGUUGUGAGAGAGACUACUACCUACUAUUAUUGGAAUCUAAUAAUUGUGUGCAGUACCAAUGAGCACUAUUAAUUUUGCAGAUCUACAGCUGUUUAUAAGGAGUUGUCAACACAGAAACUGUAAUUAUAAUACUGAUUUUACUGAUAAUGGGGAAAUUGGAUAAAUUCUUUAUUUUGAAUUGCUUAAUUUAUAAAACACAUGACAUUAAUUUAAAUUUCAUUUGAAUGUGUACAUAUUUCAGGUUAGUUUAAUUAUUUUCAGAUAUUCAGGAUCUCAAGUACAAGUUGUAGCCUAAAUGAUAUAUUAGCUUGAUUCCACUCUUAGGAAAUCUUCUAUAACUUAAUCUAUAACAUUGUUGGUAUUUUUAAAAAAUAAAUAUUAUAAUAAGUGUUGAA